AUGGAAUGUUUUCGUUACUAUCGUAGUUGGAUGUACGAUAGAACGUUACCAGGUAGACGCGGGCUUACACCAACUUUUGAGGAAGGAGUUAAUGGGUUUAUCACGUGGGCAUUUGCACAAGAAUGUUGUCGACGUGAAGGAGGAGUGAGAUGUCCUUGUCUUAAAUGUGAAUGUAGACCUAUAAUUAGUGACCCAGAGGAAGUAGAACGUCAUUUGAAGAGGAAGGGUUUCAUUAAAAAUUAUUGGGUUUGGACAUAUAAUGGAGAACAACUGCAGAGUAACGUAUAUGCAGAGACAAAUAAUACACACGCAUCAAGCAGUCGGUCACAUAUGGAAUUUGAUGAACAAUUUAAUCUGAUUGAUGAUAUGGUUGGAAAUGCAUUUGGAGUAAAUGUGACAUAUGAUGAACCUCGAGAUUUUGAUGGGGAAGAGUUGCCGAAUGAGGAAGCACAAAGAUUUUACCAAUUGUUGAAAGAAAUGAAUACACCGUUGUUUGAGGGGUCGACCGAUUCAAAAUUAUCAAUGUGUAUGAGAUUAUUGGCCGUAAAGUCAAAUUGGAAUGUUUCCUGA